GCACAUUGCAACUUGCACGAUAUAUCGAAAACAGCAUAGUAUAAUCUUGACAUAAUACCAACUCAUCUUUAUUACACAUAUAUACACUUACUGCUACCUACGUGAUCACGACAUACAUAACUUACCCUUUCAAUCACCUACGAGUCUACGACAACACCUUAUAUCUCUAAAAAGACACUCACCUAUACUAGAGCAAAACAGCAUGGACUCAUCAAGCAACACCAAACUCAUCGCCUUCAUGGGCGCCUCCGGGGGUAUCGGCCUAGGCGCGCUAACCCGAGCACUUGCCGCAGGCCACACCUGCAUCGCGCUCUGCCGGACCCCAUCCAAGCUCACCGACCGAUUUCCGGCAGAUCAAUUCCCGAAUCUAAAGAUCGUGCAAGGCAACGCGCACGACGCCACCGCCGUAGCCCAAUGUCUAGUCGUCGGGACCCAGCCCGUCGACGCCAUCGUCUCGACCAUCGGGGGCGUUCUACAAUUCUCGCGCAUGACGCUCGACGACCCCCACGUCUGCGAGAAGGGCAUGGCAGCGCUCCAAGCCGCCAUCUCCCUCGUGCGGGAACACCACCACCACCCCUUACUUACCACCGAACGCUGGCGCCCGCGCGUCGCCGUGGUAAGCACAUGCGGGAUAUCGCAGUCGGCGCGCGACGUGCCGAUAUUGUUCGUGCCCAUGUACAAGAUCAUGCUGCGGGUGCCGCACGAGGACAAGAUCGCCAUGGAGAAGCUGCUCGUGGAGGGGGCGGGGGAGUACGGGUACGCGUAUUCGAUCGUGCGGCCUAGCUUCUUGGUCGACGAGGCGGCGCCGCGGAAGGAGAUACGAGUUGGGCUGGGGGAUGCGCCGGCGGUGGGGUAUGUGAUUUCUAGGGAUGAUGCGGGGAGGUGGAUUUAUGAGAAUUUGUUGGAUGGGAGGGGGGAGAUGUAUGAGGAUGCGGUUGCUACGAUUACUUGGUGAGGCGAGGUGAGGUGAGGUGAAGUGAGGUGAGAUAAAGAUUGGUUAGAUGGUGUUUUGUUUGAAGGAUGGAAUGUAAAACGUAGCGUGAUUUGCUGGCGUCAUUUAG